AUGCCUCGCCCACGAGUUCCUCUGGAGAAUCGUAAGCGAUGCGUCACUGCAUGUGUACAAUGCCGCGUAUCCAAGAAGAAGUGCGACUCCCGCCAGCCUUGCCAAAAAUGUGUUGCCAAGGGGGAACCUGAUCGUUGCUUCGUCCCCGUGGAGCGCCCUGGCAUUGAUAGCAAAGGAAGUGGACGGAAUUCCAUUGUCCCCGUGGCUCAAAAGGUUGUGCCUGAGCCCUCUUCAAUCGAGGCUCAAGUUAGUUCAGGUGUACUGUCAUCCCCAAGACAGAGGUCCAUAUUACUAAGAGCUUCACGAGACGAGAGAAUAUACUUUGGGAAUACCGCUGCAAUUUCCUUUCUCAAGUUCCUACAGCAGACCUGGCGAACGUAUGUGGAACCGAAUGACUUCACUGAGGAUCAAGGAACCCACCAAAUGCUGGAAGUUGAGAUGCCCUCUUCUACGACCCCCCUUGUGGGAGAAUUAAGCAUACAAAAUAAGCGACACUAUGUCGAAUGCUAUCUUCACGCAUCCAGCGGAAUCUUGGACUUGUUUACCGAGAUCGAUAUAGAACGACUAUUAAGUCCUGCUACGGAGACGCAGAGUUCAUUUUCUCCGGAAAAUAUUCUAGAUCCGGAGACUAAUCAUGACAUCCUUCUGGACUUGAUGAUUGCAAUUGGCGCACAAUGCCAGGCGAGAACUAACACUGACAAUCAUGUUGCGAUGUUGCAUUUCAAACGCGCUCAAAUUAUCGCUUUUUCAGACAUGCUACAAGCUCCAACGGUCAAUUUGGCUCGCGCUUUUGCAUUGAUGGCCUUUUUCAUGCUUGGAGCGUGUAACCGAAACCCGGCCUUAAUGUAUGUGGGAAUUGCUUCUAAUAUCUCGGUGAUAUUGGGACUUCAUUCCCCUGAAAGCUACCAACAGCUUCCCGUAGAAAAGAGAGAAGCCAGAUUACAAACUGGAAAGAGCAUCCGGGUCCUUGAUUUGAUUUGCAAUACUAUUCUUGGUCGCCCAGGAAGUACGCCUGUCAUAAGCAGUGACGAUGAAUAUUUAGACGGGGAAAUAUGCCCCAAUUAUGCAACCCUAUGUGCCGUAUAUGAGGUUGUCGCAGUGCUCCAGUUGGUCGUGAAUGAAACAAAAGAGAAUGAAGGAGCAUCUAUUAAUAAAGCUGAGCAAUGUCUUGUUCAGCUAAGAGAAUGGAGCUCGAGACUACCUACACAUUUGCGAAGGCAGACUCUUGGAGAUUCAUCUGCACAUUAUUCUCUUGAAACAAGGCGCGCCACGAUCGGCAAGAUACACCUCGCAUGCAUCUAUUAUUAUGGUGUGAUCCAAAUCACGCGGCAAUUCCUGGUUGAUCACAUAAUCCCAUCUGUUUACGGAGAGAGCAGAGAAGGGGUUACCGAUAAUAGAACUUUGGAUCUAGCUAAAAUGUGCACAGAAGCAGCCCUUUUCAUGGCUCAAAUGUGCGAUGAUGCUGAGAAUGCAGGUGCCUUUCUGGGCAACAUGUGUAUAUUGAAGGCGUGGUUGUUUUCGGCAGGUCUUGUUCUCGGUUGCUCUCUUCUACAGCUGAAUGACCACGCAGAGGAUAUUCGCCAUGCUUUCCAUGCAACAUCAAAGAUUCUUGGCCGCUUUGGAAGGAAUAGCCAACAGGCAAAGCAGUACCACGGUAUUCUCUCAAAUUUUGCCGACGCAAUUGCUAAUUAUCAGCGAAAGUCUCGUAUGAAACGAUUACGUCUUGAGAAUUCCAAUGUAGAGAGAAUUCUCGCUUUCGAUGAGCCGAACGACCAGCAACCAGUUGCAUUUCAAACUCAAACAAAUAUGAGUCCCUCGCGGGUAGCCUCUGUGACGAUUAUUAAUGAUGACUCGAUAGGUACCUUCGAGAGUGAUGAUCAUUUAUUGCAAUGGAACUGGCCCGUUGCCUCUGAAAACAAUGAAAUACUGCGCAUGUUUCUCGACCCCUGCCUAGAGCACCUGAUGAAUUUGCCUCCACCGGAUUUCACUUGA